AUGGCAAGGCCGCACGUCGUGGUGGUGCCGUACCCGUGCGCCGGCAACGUGAACCCGGCGCUGCAGAUCGCCAAGCUGCUACACCACCACGGCGUCUACGUCACCUUCGUCAACAGCGAGCACAACCACCGCCGCGUGCAGGCCACCGAGGGCCCAGGCGCCGUGCGCGGCCGGGAUGGCUUCCGCUUCGAGGCCAUCCCGGACGGCCUGUCCGAUGCCGACCGCGGCAAGCAGGACUACGGCCGCGGCCUGGAGAUGGCCGUCAGCACGAGCUGCGCUGCUCCGUUCAGGGACGUCAUCACGCGGCUCAGCUGCACGCCGGGCGUGCCGCCCGUCACGUGCGUGCUCACCACGAUGCUGAUGAGCUUCGCGCUGGGCGUGGCCCGGGAGCUGAGGAUCCCGACCAUGGCGUUCUGGACAGGCAGCGCGGCCUCGCUGAUGACGCACAUGAGGCUCCGGGAGCUCUGGGAAAGAGGCUACGUGCCACUCAAAGAUGAGAGCUUGUUGACGAACGACUACCUCGAGCGCACCGUCAUCGACUGGAUCCCCGGCAUGCCACCGAUCCGCCUCGGCGACUUCUCCAGCUUCCUCCGCACCACCGACCCGGACGACUUCUGCCACCGCUUCAACGAGUCGGAGGCCAACAGCUGCACCAACGCCGGCGCCCUCAUCCUCAACACCUUCGAAGGCCUGGAGGCCGACGUCCUCGCCGCUCUGCGUGCCGAGUAUCCGUGCGUCUACACCGUCGGCCCCCUGGGCUCCCUCCUCAACGGCGCCGCCGCCGACUCGGCGCCCGGCGGCGGCCUGAGCCUGUGGAAGCAGGACGCCGAGUGCCUCGCGUGGCUGGACACGCAGGGACAGGGCUCCGUCGUCGGCCACCCGUUCCUCUGGGCUAUCAGGGACAACCUCAUCCGUGGCGGCGGUGGCGGUGGCCGCCUGGCACUUGAAGCGCUGCCCCCAGGCUUCACGGUUGAGACGGCAGGGCGGUGCCGCUUGACCCAGGAGCAGGUGCUGCGGCACGCGGCCGUGGGCUGCUUCCUCACGCACGGCGGGUGGAACUCGGCGUGCGAGAGCGUCGCCGCCGGCGUGCCGAUGGUGUGCUGGCCAGGGUUCGCUGACCAGUUCACCAACUGUAAGUACGCCUGCGACGUCUGGGGUGUCGGCGUCCGGCUGGACGAGGAGGUGAGGAGGGAGCAGGUCGCCACGCACGUCGGCGAGGUGAUGGGAAGCGAGGAGAUGCGGAGGAGAGCGGCGAGGUGGAAAGAGGAGGCAGACUCCGCUGCCUGCCCCGGCGGCUCGUCGUGUGAGAACCUGCUGAGCAUGGUGGGAGCGCUGAUGAAAAGCACAGACUCACAAAUAAGCCUGAAGUGCUGA